AUGGCAGCCGCUCACCGCCGCCUGGCGAACGUCGCGGCGGUGCAUGUGCGCAACCUGGAGGUGGACGAGGAGGUGGAUGCAGCAUCGAUCCACGGGGCGCGGCGUGCCUCGACGUCUUUCUCGGCGUACACACCGUCGGUGCGCAGCGCGCAUAUGAUGCAGGAGCACGACAGCGUCGUCUCGUGCUUUGUCUCGCUCCGGCGACCGGGCGGCGUGCCGUUCUAUGUCACGCCGCCCUCGGCCGCCGGGCGCCACGCCUCCUGGGGCGAAUAUACCAGCCCGCCUAUCCGGCCGGCAGACGACUUUGCGGCGUGGGCGUGGCCCGCGGACGAGCCGACGCUGCUCGUGGGCCUCUACGCACGCAACCACGGCUCGCGGCCCGAGCCGUGGCAGUGUCUGUGGGAGACCGAGGUCGACCUGCACACGCUCCCGUCGCGCGGGGGGCAGCUCGGCGCGAUCGGCGACGCGCGCGACAACGUCGUGUACCUCGGCCUGCACUCGACCGACGACGACGGCCAGCUCGAAUACGUCGCCGUGGACGGGCUCGCGACACACGAGCCAGACGUCGAAGAGGCAGGCCGCCGCGCCAUGCUCCUGUCGAUGGUCGAGACGCAGAUGAAGCGCAGCUAUACCCUGCCGCAGGCGUGCUCUUUGGUGCACAUCCAAGGCGACCUCGCUUCUCUUCAGCAAACGCAGCACGCGCUUGCUGCGCGGUGCGGCGGCGCGCUAUCGGACGACACGGCGCUCUGCCGCAAGCGGCGGCAGCUCGAGACUCGGCACGCCGCCAAGGACCUGCGCCGCACGCUGCAGCGCCGCAAGGACGAGCUGAGCGAAGCGCACACCACGCUCGUCCAGACGCGGCUCGCGCUCCAGCAGCGGCGCGAACACCUUGCACACGGGAGCACGCUGCUGCGCGAGACGCAGGCGCGGCGCACAGCCGCCGCAUCGUCGGCCGCCGAGCAACGGGACCGCCUCGCGGAUCUGCAGCGUAUGAUCCAGCAACACCGCACGCGCCUCAUGCGCGAGCUCGAGUUUAUCUAUCCUAUCCAGCUCGAGGAUGCGCGCGCGCUGCUCUAUUCCAUUGCGGGCCUCGCGCUGCCGAACGGCGUGGCGACGACGCACCCCAAAUCCGGCGCGCUCGUGCACAAGACGCACCUCGAGGACACGGCGUCGGCGCUCGCGCUUGUUGCGCAGAUCGUUCUCCUCGCGAGUACCUACCUGCACACCAGCCUGCACUAUUCUCUGCGCGCGAUCGGCAGCCGCGCCGUGGUGCAGGAUGGGAUCAGUGUCAUGUCGGGCCCCCGCACCUUUGCGCUGUACGGAAAAGGCACCGAGCCGUACCGCUACGAGUACGGUGUCUUUUUACUCAACAAGGACAUUGAGCAGCUGAUGAUGGCGCACGGCGUGCCGGUGCUGGACCUGCGCAACACGCUGCCGAACGUGAAGAAUUUGCUGGUGACGCUCGCCGCCGCCCCAUGA